GCUUUUCCGUCGCGGUCGCUUUUGCUUGCGAGAGCUGGAGCAGCGUUCGGCCAGUGCGGUUGCGCCUUUGUUGUUCUUCCCACUAACCUGUGCAAAGUCCUGCUGUGUCCGUGCUGGUGUCACUACGGAGACUCGGCGUGUGUGAUUGUGCCUACCUGUACUUUCCGCUGGAUUAACCUGUGGCUCAAAUGAAGGGCAACGUGGAUUACGGCAGCCUAUUUCGGAUACGUCCCUGAGCUCCCAAGUUUGUGUUGCGCUGCUGCGAAGAACAAAAACCUUCGGCUUUACGUCGGCUUUGCCGCUCGCGCACGUCAUUGCUGAUGGGGUUUGCCACGGAACUCCAGGGCUGGAGCUCUCAUGAUGCACUCCUCUCUGUGCAAGAUGCCGAGCUCAGACUGUUGGAGAACAUGCGCCGUUGUAUUGUGCACCGUGUGAAAUGUGACCGUGAAUAUUCAUUAGCCCUUAGUGCCUUGUGUGUGCAGGCAGCCAAAGUUGAAACUGGAGAUGAACUUGCGGGAAGUCUAGUAACAAAGGCAUGGAGCACAGUCAUUGAUACAACAGAAACAAUUGGCAGACUCGUUAAACAGAAUGCUGACAUGGUCGCCACUCACACGCUUGACAAGUUGAGUUGCCUCAUCUUGGAAAAAAGGGCUCUCAGGAAAGUGUAUCAGGAAGAACACCAAAGGAUCCAUGGAGAGCUUACAAGGCUAAGGGAUGCCGUCCUCAGGAGCACCUCAGAGUAUGAGAAAUGCAUCGAGAAUGCUGCAGCUGCCAAGGAAAAGUAUGAAGACCAGUUUAUGAAAGGUCGGGGAAACAAAAAAGUUGAAGAGGCAAAAGAGCGCUAUGUCAAGGCCACUAGGAAGCUGCAUCAAGCUCAUAAUGACUACAUUCUUCUUCUGAAUGAAGCGAUGAACUAUGAGCACCACCUGAGAACAACGCUUCUGCCAGGGCUGCUUCAAUAUCAACAAACUGUACAGCAAGAGGCUGUGGAUUGCUGGCAAGCUGUCAUGAGAGACUACUCACAUCGUACAAAUUUUUGUUCAGAGGCAUUCCAAAAGCUUCACAACACCCUUAUGGAAAGCAUAGAGCAUGUCAACAGUGAAAAAGAAUAUGAGGACUUUGUUGACAGAUACAAGUCAAAACCAAUUCCUCCAAUUGACUUUCAUUAUGAUGAGUCACUGCUAAACAACUAUGCUGGAAAACUGAAGCCAGAGCAGAUUGCGGUAGAUGAAUUUACAAUUGACUCGGUGAGAGAAAGGAUCACUGAACUGCAGGCAAAGGUGGCCCACAUUCAGGCUGUGAUAUUGGAGAAAGAGACACAACUGGCACAGUUUCAAGUUGAUGUGUCUGAGAUAAAGACAACUCCUGAUCUUGGAUCAGCAGCCAUGGUAAAGAAGAGGGCUGUGGACAUAAUCAAAAGGGAGCGUGACGAAGCCAAGUGCCAGGAAGAGCGGUUCAGCAGCCAACUGCAGCUGCUUGUGCAGGCUCUGUCACAGAUGGGGAAUGAGGUCCCCAGAGCCUUGGACUUGGAUGUCACCCUCAACGGCGAGCAGAGCAUCAAAGACGAAGAGAUAAUGGACUUUACAACAAUCAGCAAAAUUGCAGCUAGGCACUUCGUGGACAAGCUAAAGAGCCCUUUCCUCAAAAAGCAGGCCAACCGCCCCCAGCAAUCCAAGGACUCCGAGGAAUGCAUCACCUCCAAUAACACCCCUGAGGAGACUAACAGCACCCUCAAGCCUUACAGCCGUAUGACAGUUAACCCGGAUAUCUCACUGCAAGACGAAGACUGGUUCCAUGGUGUGCUGCCAAGGGAGGAGGUGGUUCGGCUUCUUGUCAACGAUGGCGACUACCUUGUGCGGGAGACCAUACGAAACGAAGCGAAGCAAGUGGUGCUUUCAGUCUGCUGGCAAGGUCACAAGCACUUUAUUGUGCAAACUACAGCUGAUGGAAAAUACAGGUUCGAAGGGCCAGCCUUUGACACAGUGCAAGAGUUGAUAGUGUACCAGCACCACCUCGGACUUCCGGUGACAAGCAAGUCAGGCGCAAUAUUGCAGACUCCCAUUUUCAGAGAGCGGUGGGAGUUAAAUAAUGAUGAUGUCGAACUCGUCGAGAAAAUUGGAAGGGGGAACUUUGGAGAUGUCUACAGGGCACUUCUGCAUCCACAGAGGCUAGAUGUGGCCGUGAAGACAUGCCGUGUGAACCUGCCAGAUGAACACAAGAAGAAAUUUCUCCAGGAGGGAAGAAUCCUGAAGCAAUACGACCAUCCAAAUAUAGUCAAGUUUAUUGGAAUCUGCGUUCAGAAACAACCCAUCAUGAUAGUCAUGGAACUGGUGCCAGGAGGCUCCCUGCUGGCAUUUCUGAGGAACCAAGGUCCUAAGCUAAGUCCAAAGGACUUGCUGAACAUGUGUACAGAUGCAGCUGCUGGAAUGGCUUACCUUGAAAGCAAGAACUGCAUUCACAGGGACUUGGCUGCAAGGAAUUGCCUUGUUGGGAAAAACAAUGUCGUCAAGAUAUCAGACUUCGGCAUGUCAAGAGAGGAGGAGGAAUACAUCGUGUCUGAUGGCAUGAAGCAAAUACCCAUAAAAUGGACAGCACCCGAGGCUCUUAAUUUUGGAAAAUAUACAUCAGUCUGCGAUGUCUGGAGCUAUGGUAUCUUGGCCUGGGAAAUCUACUCACUUGGAGCAUCUCCCUACUGUGGCAUGUCCAACAGCCGAGCAAGAGAAUUGAUAGAUACAGGUUACAGGUUACCAGCCCCAGAAAAGGUACCAGACACUGUGUACCAGUUGAUGCUUCGGUGCUGGGAAUACAACCCGGAUAAGAGGCCCACGUUCCAGGAGAUCCACCAAACUCUCGUCAAUGUCGGCCGACAUGUGUAACACCAGACAGACACAAAUUACUGGAACAUGUAAACAUUUAUUUCUCACAGAUUAGCUGUUCAAAUUGUCCAUUGCCUUCGUUAGUUCUUUUUGGCAGAAAGUUCUUUGCCGGAGGAACAAAUGUCCAUUGUGUUGAGUUGUCUUGCGUUUGGCAGCAUUUGUGUAAAUAUAUUAGAUAUUUAAGUGUUUCUUGCAAGCAGGAAAGAAAUAAAUCCUUUAACAGUGUAACCUUA